UAACGUUUUGAAAGACAGGGAAUAUAAUAAAAACAGUGCGAUGGAUCAAUUAUUUUAAAUGUAACCCUAAAAGACAUAACAGGAAAGGGAUCUUUGAUAGCAUUUUUCCAAAAUGAAAAGACUUGGUCGCUGUCACGUACUCAUUGUACUGCUUAUUAUUUUGACCAUUGGAAUAGAUGAAAGUGAGGAAGUCUCCUUCGUCGUCGAAGAUAGGGAUGGAAAUUCUAGCCUUACAGCCACCGUGGAUGUUGACGUUUCAACAGACUGUGAUAAGGUCUUCCUUAUUGUUGUGACUGGAACAGGACCGUUCAAUAACGUUAUAGCUACUGGCAAUACAGGUGGUGCCUUUACCACUGCCGUAGAUCCGGAUGAGAAACUACAGUGUAACAUGGCAACUAUUAAAACCAAUGCGAUAACGUCGUACAACUUGUCAAUAACUAUCACUGAUUUUGGCGACUCAACGGCAACCACCAAAAAUGUUACCGUGACUGUUAAAAACCUCGUUAUACCAAACAUCGGCACACCAUGUACGGUGACAUCAGACUGCAACACGACAACAGUGGCGGGCACAGUUUGUGACACAAUAAUGUCUCCCCCAGUGUGUAAGCUAGCGUUAGGUGCAUUCUGUACCGCAAGCACUGACUGUGUGUCCGGGGCUGUUUGCGGAACGGGGUAUACAGCAGAUAUUUGUCUGUGUCUAGAAGAUGAAAUCUCCUCUCGAUGAGGCUUUCGUUAAGUGAUUAUGCCUUAAACGGGUUCACUGCCAUCCUGUUUUAUAUAUAGAUGACUGUACAAGAGUAGAG